AUGCUAGAGGAGGAGGAGACCUCCAGACCAGGGCUGGGGCCCACUGAAGACAGUGGUUACACAACUGUACAUAUCGGUCAGAACUUAGACCUGUAUGCCAGAAAGACUCCUGUGGUCAUCAUUCCACCCCGAAGUGUUCACAACGUCACUGGGGCACAGGUGUACCUGUCCUGUGAGGUGAAGGCUGUGCCUCCCCCAGUCAUCAUGUGGAGGAAGGUCACACAGUCUCCCCAGGGCACCCAGGUUCUGGAGGACCUGCCUGGGGACCAUGUCAAUAUAGCUGUCCAGGUGCGAGGGGGUCCUUCUGACCAUGAGGCCACAGCUUGGAUUUUGAUCAACCCCCUGAGAAAGGAAGACGAGGGAGUGUACCAGUGCCAUUCGGCCAACGCGGUCGGGGAGACGCAGUCCCACGGCAAGGUGACAGUUAGUGAUCUGAACACGUACAAAGCCCUUCGCUUCCCAGCUCCAGAUGACCACAUAUGACUGAGGUCUUAAAAACAUUGAUCACAGGAUGACGGGAAGGUCAAGCCGUGGAUCGUUUUGUUUUGUGACAAGUUGGAAAAACUGUGUUUGUAGACCACCCCUUUUGUAUGUUUUUAAAAAUUAGAUGCAAACUAGAUUCAUAUGCAGAUGUAGUUUUAGCAGUGUGGGGGGAAAACACGUGGUUUUUUUAUACUUUUGAAAUGAAUUGCUGAGAGAAUUCUUUUUUGAACUAGUCCCUCCCGAGGAAGAUCAAGUCAUGGUAUAUGUGUAACUCUAAAGGGCUGGACAAGGCUUGUGUCCACUGUGACUCUUUGCCUCAUCUGUCCGAGACUGAUUGGUGGAGCUCUGUGACUUAGUGUGUGUUAUAGGGGGAAGGAGGAGGGUCCCACUGUCCUCUGCCUGACCUCUAACCUGCUGUGUGACCUGGACAGGUCUCUUCCCUCUCUGGGCCUUGGUCUCUUCUCCUGUGAAUGUGGCAUUUGGACUGGAUGUUACCUGUGUCCCUUCGAACCCUGCCACCCUGGAGUAAGAUGGCCCUAUGGAAGAAACAUAGGAAGUGUGGUCUUAGCCUUCUUUUUUAAACAGUAUUUCCUCAAAAACAAAUUCCACUCCUUCAUACUAGAGUGUGGACAGCUUACUGUAGCUCUUUUAUUCCUGCCAUUUCCCAUUUUAAAGAAACACUUUACCAGACUCAGGGGCCCCGUAGCUGGACGUUUGGGGACCAAGAUGUCCACUUGUUAACAAGCCCAGUAUUCUUGAACCAGGUGGACAGUGGAGACCUGGCUCCUGGACAUCAAAUUGUAAAAACUGGGUCAGAUGCUCUGUCUUGGCUAUGGAGCUAGAGUGUGAUAGAAUAUGUUUUAUUUACAGAUGUUUUGACCUCAACCAGGAAUGAGGGUGGCUUUCUUUUCUU